AUGGCGGAUCCAGUGGCCGCCGCGCUCAGCCGGCUCAAUCAGACGGUGGAGGAGCUGGGCGCCCUCGCCGAGACGUACGCGAGCAGCGAGGCGUGGCCGCAGGCCAUCGCUAGUCUGAUAUCCCCGUUGGCAGCGCCGGCCACGGCGGCGGCGGCGGCGAGCGCCCUCUCUUACCUCUCUGAACCAGCUGGAGUAGCCGAAAACAGUCACAACAUCAUCCGUGAGGCGGGUGGCAUCCCACCGCUCGUGGCGCUGCUUGCGGGCGGGGCGGAGUCAGUGGCCGCGGAGGAUGCGGCGGGCGCGCUGUUUAAUGUGGCGGCCACGUCGGCCAACAAAGAAGCGAUCCGCGAGGCGGGCGGCAUCCCGCCGCUCGUGGCGCUGCUGGCGGGCGGGGUGGAGUCAGGCGCGGCGGAGAACGCGGCGGCCGCGCUGUGGAACAUGGUGAUCGGUUGCGACGUCAACAGCGACGCCAUCCGCGAGGCGGGAGCCAUCCCGCAGCUCGUGGCGCUGCUAGCGGGCGGGGUGGAGUCCAAGACGGCGGAGAACGCAGCGGGCGCGCUGUUGGGCCUGUCGAGAAAUGAUGGAGCUCACGCUGCUAUCCGUGAGGCGGGAGCCAUCCCGCCGCUCGUGGCGAUGCUGGCGGGCGGGGCGGAGUCCAAGACGGCGGAGAACGCGGCGGGUGUGCUGUGCAACAUGGCAUCCGGGAACACGGCCACCUGCGACGCCAUUCGCGAGGCGGGUGCAAUCCCGCAGCUCGUGGCGCUGCUGGCGGUCGGGACAGAGUCAGGGGCGGCGGAGAACGCGGUGGGUGCGCUGGCGAACCUGGCAAUCGAUUGCGACGUCAACAGAGACGCCAUUCGCGAGGCGGGCGGCAUCCCGUCGCUCGUGGCGCUGCUGGCGGGUGGGGCGGCUUCGGGCGUGGCGGAGACUGCGGCGGACACGUUGAAAGAAAUGGAGCACUUCGACGCGGUGCUGUCGGCCGUCGCCAGCGCCCACGCCGACACCGCCGCCUUCGAAGACUUGCACGCUGCACUCGUCAACGCGGCCACCGCCCGGCUGGAGGCGGCGGAGGCGGGCACCGACGUGGCGGCGCUCGAGCGCGCCAUCGAGCAGGCCGCGGCCGUGGCGGUGGCGGCCGCCGCGCUCGAGCGGGCGCGCGGCCGGGUCGCGGAGAUCAACGGCGAGGCGGAGCGGCGCGCGCGGCGCGAGUCGUUUGGGCUGGGCGCGCUGCCGCCGCCCGAGGAGUUCAACUGCCCGCUGACGCUCGAGCAGAUGCGCGACCCGGUGGUGGCCUCGGACGGCAACUCGUACGAGCGCGCCGCCAUCGAACGCGUGCUCCGCGGCGACGGCCUCAGCCCCUUGACGCGGCAGCCGCUCGAGCGGACCCUCUUCCCCAACCGCGCGCUCAAGCGGCGCAUCGAGGAGUACGAGGAGAGGGACUUGCAGAUCGCGGCGAUGGUCGUGGCGGCGACGGGCGAGCGCGGCGAGGCAAGCGGAAGCGCCGAGCCCGCGCCAAAGCGGAGCCGCACUCGACGCUCCAGCCAGGUGACGUGA